ACAACAGCUGUUAUGUUGAAAUGUUACAGGAGCAGCAGUUAUUAGGAUGUUCCGUAAUAUUGUGAUUGGCAUAUCCGGCGGUGUAGAUAGCGCCAUUUCGGCGCUUAUACUCAAACAAAAAGGCUACAAUGUUGUCGGUGUAUUCAUGAAAAACUGGGACGAAUUUGACGAAACGGGUGCUUGCAGCGGUGAGCAAGAUUAUCGUGAUGCGGAAUAUACGUGCCAAAAACUUAACAUUGAAUUGCGUGUAGUGAACUACGUGAAGGACUAUUGGAAUUCGGUGUUCAGCGGUUUCCUGGAUGAUUAUCAAAAUGGACUCACACCAAAUCCGGACAUACUUUGUAAUAAAUACAUCAAAUUUGAUUUAUUCUAUAAAUAUGCCAGAGAACAAUUAAAAUGUGAUGCAAUCGCCACGGGUCAUUAUGCGAAAACCAGUUUUGGAAACUUUUUAGAGCAUUAUAAUGCUAAUGGUGAUGUACACCUACUGCUACCACGCGAUACGUUUAAGGAUCAAACCUUUUUCCUCUCCGGUAUACAGCGUCAUGCGCUCAGUCGCACCAUGUUUCCGUUGGGUGAUUCACUGAAAAACGAUGUUAAAGCUUUAGCGUGUAAAUUUGGCCUAGAACGUUUGGCACACAAAAAGGAAAGUACAGGCAUUUGUUUUGUAGGUAAUCGUGAUUUUAAACAGUUCAUAAAGCAGUAUAUUCACCCGCGUCCUGGUCAUUUUGUCGAUAUUGACACCGGUCAAAUUGUGGGCACACACAAUGGCAUACAUGAAUGGACAAUUGGACAACGUUGCCGGCUUGCCUCCUUCCUACGUCCAUACUUUGUGGCACGAAAAGAAGUCACCAGCAAUACCAUAUAUGUGGCUUCCGGCCAUGAGCACCCAGAACUAUUUAGUGAUGUUAUUUAUGCGGAUACACCGAACUGGCUGUGCAAUGAUCCUCUUACUGGUAUUGGCGAUGAUAGCGCAUCACGGAAACUGCGGUGCCGCUUUCGUUUCCAGCACACAAAACCAUUGGUUGGCUGUGCGGUUAAAAAAUGUCUCAAAGACACUUCAUGUGUCACAGUCACUCUAGAUAAGUCAUUACGGGCGCUUACACCAGGACAGUAUGCGGUGUUUUAUAGUGAAACUUCAUGCUUGGGUUCGGCGCGUAUCAUCAAUGCCAGUAGAAAAGUUGAGGAAGUCCAAGAUAAGGCUGAGUACUUGAAACAAAGCUAACGGUUAGUUUUAACGCAGCUAUAGUAUGAUGUGUUCAAGGCUUUUUAUAAAUUUGUUGCACAUAAAUGAAAUUAUAUGCCUACAAAUAUAAACCUUCACAAAAUUAUUUAUCCUCAGAGAGUUAAAAAGUAAUUUAUAAAACAUCGUUAGG